GAAGAAGUUAUAAGAAUCAGCGCGGACUAAAUCAAUAUGAAACUAUAGUAUAUUCUAAUUACAAUAUUCCUCGUGCUAAUAUAAUACUACAAUCUCCCAAAGCAAUUUCUGAAUUUAAAAAAACUUUAAUUUUUUUAAUUCAAAACAAGUUGAAAAAAUGGGAAAAUAUCAAAAGAUACUCACCAAACCGUAGAUGGUAUUAUUGUGUAUUUGCAGAGAAAGAAGCAUAUGAUAGAUUAAGCAAUAUAUUGGAAGAUUCAAA